AUGCGCUGGGUCACCCUGGCCGUGGCCCUGGGGUGCGCGGCGGCGGCGGGUCUGGCCCGGGCGUCGCACGGCGGUCCCACCCCAACCCCCACCUCCACGCACACCCCCCUGGUGGACAACUCCGAGGAGGAAGUGGAUGAGCCCUGCUUCGAGCCGUGCACGUGCGAGGUCAAAGAGGGCGUGCUGCACGUGCACUGUGAUGGACGGGGCUUCACCAAUGGCAGCCAGGUGUCGCAGUCGUGGGUACGCCCUUUCAAACUGAACCUCCAGAGAAACUCGCUGAGGCGUCUCUAUAGCAACGGGUUCCAGCACCUUGGCAACGCCGUGUCGAUAAACCUGGGCAACAACGCUCUACAGGACAUCCGAGUGGGCGCCUUCCAUGGCCUGGCAAAGCUGCGACGCCUCUACCUUCAUGAGAACAAACUGGAGGUCUUCAGGAAUGACACCUUUGCCGGUUUAGAAGCUCUGGAGUACCUCCAGGCUGACUACAAUGUGAUUAAACGCAUUGACAGCGGCGCUCUGAGGUUCCUUUUCAAGCUGCGUGUUCUCAUACUCAACGACAACCUAAUCCCAGUCUUACCUGCUCAUCUGUUCAGAUCUGUGUCGCUGACUCAUCUGGACCUGAGGGGUAACCGACUAAAGAGUCUGGCAUACACAGGGACCCUGGAAUACAUUGGCCGCUCCCUUAUGGAGAUUCAGUUGGAGGAGAAUCCCUGGAACUGUGGCUGCGAGGCGGUGCAGCUGCAGCAGUGGCUGGGCCAGAUCCCCUAUACAGCAGUGGUGGGGGACGUUACCUGCGAGUAUCCCUUCCACCUUCACGGCAAGGACCUGAGGGAGAUCCCUCGCAAGGAGCUUUGCGCUGAGCUCCCGGAUAAAGACUUGCAAGCAGAGGGCGGUAAAGCCUCAGGGGGCACGCAGCCUCAACAAUUGCCGUCUAAUUCCAAGCCCAACUCCCACCCGGGAAGGGUUAGACCGACCAAACCCUCCUCCAUGGUGCAUGGCUCUCGUCAUAACACUCACACUUCCUCCACGUCUUCGUCGUCUUCUUCUGCUGAGCGCCGGGAACGAGAGAGGUCUCCGCGGCCCACCAAGAGGCCUAGGCCUUCCAGGACAUCUCCCACAUCACGAAGCCCUAAUCAAAAUCCUCCCGUGGCGGGCUACCAAACCCGGCCGCCCAUCCCCAUCAUCUGCCCACUGGGCUGCACUUGCAACCUUCAUAUCACUGACUUGGGUCUGACCGUCAACUGCAAGGAGAACGGCUUCCUCAACGUGUCACAGUUGACGCCGCGACCGCUCAAUGGACGCAAGCUGUACCUGAGUGGAAACCUGAUCCAAAGGAUCUACCGAACCGACUUCUGGAACUUUUCCAGCUUGGACCUGCUACACUUGGGGAGCAACCGCAUCUCCUAUCUACAAGAGGGCGCCUUCUCCAGCCUCACCAGCCUGAGGAGCCUCUACCUGAACGGGAACAACCUGGACAGGCUCAGCCCUGACAUGUUCCUAGGGCUGCAGAAUCUCAGGUACCUUUACUUUGAGUACAACGAAAUCCGGGAGAUGGACCGGGGCACCUUGGACUCCAUGCCGUCCCUCCAGCUGUUGUUCCUAAACGCCAACCUUCUAAAAAGUCUUCCUCUGGGCCUGUUUUCCGGUGUGACGCUGUCUCGUCUGAACUUGAGGAACAACCACCUUCUGCAGCUCCCCAUGGAGGGUGUACUGGAGCACCUAACAGGCUUGGUGCAGGUGGACCUGCAGCAGAACCCGUGGGAGUGCAACUGUGAAGCGGCGCCUCUAAAGCGCUGGCUAGAGGGUCUCAGCGCUGUGGUAGUAGUGGGCGAGGUAGUGUGCCAUUCACCCGAAAAAAACAAAGGUGUGGACCUGCGCUCCCUCUCCAUGGAUCUACUGUGCCCAGAGCUGGAGCCCCAGGAGGACCGAGAGCAGCGUGCGGUCACUUCCACCGCGCCCGACGGAGGCACGUCGCUCGGCCGCCCCGAACCAGAGUCGGGUCCACGGAUCCCACCCGGGAAGGAUUCCAUCCCGCUUUCCGUUCUGGUUCUCAGCCUCUUGGUUCUGUUUGUGUCAGCGUUCUUCGCGGGUGCGGCGCUCAUUGCGUAUACCCUGAGGCGACGGGACAAGUUGCCGUUCCGUCGCCAGGGUGAGGUGGAUCUAGCCGGCAUCCAGAUGGAGUGCGGCAUCUUCACCGAGGGAACGCACCAUCAUCACCACCAUCACCAUCACCACGGAUUGGCCGAGACCCCGCCCCAACACAACCACGUCUACGACACCAUCUCGGUGGCCAAAAGCCCCGAGGAGAAGAAAGGUGGGGUGCCUGGCGAAUAUCGCUCCCCGACAGAGAAAGAACGUGAAUGGACCCUCCGGGUUAGCUCGUCCCCCAUCAGCACCGUGGCCGGCACUGUUGGACCGCUGGCACCUGGCCUCCACGAGAACGGCAUCCUUUGCCCAACUGUUAUUGACAGCCAGGGCCCCACACCCAAGGUGGAACUGGUGGACUGCCUCUUUAGAAUCCCCUCCCCUGACUUCCGGGACCUGGCGGACAGGUACGCCAGACCGCCGCCCCGCUAUCCCCACCCGCAGGAUGCCCAGCUGCAGGACGUCGCCUCCGCCGUCGGGUCACAGACGCGUGCGGUCACCACGGUCUCUGCCGGGACCGAGCAGCUGGGCGAGCAAGGAGCUCGACUGAUGACCACACCGGACUACAUGGAGGUUUUGGACCGCUCUUACCAAUUUUAG